AUGAACUACUGUGCCUCCUCACUUCUCCUGGGCUCUUGUGAUGGAUACGCCAACAUAACUGAACCAUGGCGCAACCGAGGCUUUACAUCUACUUCUUUCACUGGAUUUCCAAAAACUGACACACAUCUUGUUAACAACUGGUGGCGCUUCACGGGCAUUGGUGGAGACAGAGUUGUUGUAAGCUGUAUAGCACAACGAAUUGGUGGCACCUAUUAUCCGAUUCGUAUUGCAUUUUCAUAUCCAACAACUGAGUCUCUGAACCCCACAACCGGAUAUGCAUAUGCGUACUAUUCCAGCUGUACAGGGAUAGCUAUAUCAGUGAGCGUUGCUUUGUGUCCUGGAGGAUUCUAUGUAUUCAAACCAGCGAGUCAUGGUAGAAGUGACAUGGCAUACAUAACUCAUCAUAGUUCAUGUGAGCCAAACCCCUGUGGACCACUUGCUGAAUGUACAACUGGUGGAGGCUGUAUCUGUGUCUCUGGAUAUGAAAUCCCCCCGACACACCUUCCCACUGGAGAUUCAUACGGUUGUGUUGACAUAGAUGAGUGUGAGAGGACUUCAGGGAUUUGUGGUUCUUACGCCGAUUGUGAUAACACCGUGGGAGCUUACAUCUGUACCUGUUGGGCUGGAUUCAACGCAACAGAUCCAUCGUUGCCACCUGGAUCGUCCAAUUUAUGCAAAGAUAAUAAUGAGUGUCUUGACAACAUUUGUGGUGAUCAUGGGACCUGCACCAACAACCCAGGAAGUUACGUUUGUAAUUGCCAUACAGGGUACCAGAAUGUACCAGAUGCAACCCCUGUUUGCCAGGAUAUCGAUGAGUGCUUCAACUCAACUAUCUGUGGCCCUGAUUCCAUUUGCACCAACACACCUGGAGCUCACACCUGUGCAUGUGAAACGGGUUACCAACCAACUGAACGAGCCGAAGAACCCAGCGAGACCAACGUCUGUAUUGAUGUUGAUGAGUGUUUUGAAGAUGCUACUGUCUGUGGUCCUGAUGCCAACUGCACAAACUCAAUUGGAUCAUACAGUUGCACCUGCUUUCCUGGUUUUCGGCUGAACGACCCAGAUGUGAUUGCCAGCGUUUCUAACCCAUGUACAGAUAUAGAUGAGUGCAGUGAGACGCCUGGUAUAUGUGGUAGACAAACUGUGUGUACAAAUGUUCCUGGGACCUUCUAUUGUUCUUGUCCUGAUGGAUUCUACCCAUCAACUGGAAUCGUGUGGAAGAUGGGAGUCUCAUUUUGCCAAAGUCUUCAAGAGAUACUAGACGCAAUCAAACCCCCAGAGGGUCAGACAAAAGAGAGAGCUUUCCUUGACAACAUGGAUCAACAACUUAAGAACAGCUCAGGUGUCGUCUUACCAGAAGCGACGGUGGCAAACGGCUUUGCUGCAUCUAUGGAAGUGUCAGGUGUUGGACCUCGUGCCAGGUCAGUCAAGGUGAGUAGUGAGGGGGAUGCAGAGACCGGCAGUGUGAUCCUGGGCAUCUCGGACCGCCUGGUUGCUGCGAUGGUACCAGUAACUCAGAACCAAACCAAAAAAGCAGUGCAAUCUCCAACAGUUGACUUGAGCCUACAAGUCAUUGGCCCAGGGACUCAUGAUAACAGCAGUGCAAGUCUCUCUGCUCAAGGACAGACCAUGGAAAUCAACUUGCAGGCUUUAGCCAGCGCCAACAAUGGUUCUGCAGUGGCUGCCUUUCUGACACUAAAUGGGAUGGAGAGUCUCCUUAGUCACCAAUACUUUCAAACAGAAAACAAGACAGAGAUGUACUCUGAUGUUUUUACUGCCGUCUUACCGGCAAUUAACAACACCAACCUGACCGAGCCUGUCAACUUUACCAUCCAACAUAAAAAGAAAGUACCCGAAUCUGGCAUAGUGACGUGUGUCUACUGGGAAGACAAAAGCAAGAACAAAGAGGAGGGACAAAUAGAUGAGGGAGGAGAUAAUGGAGAGACGAAGCGUUGGUCAGUGGAUGGCUGCUGGGUUGCAUAUUCUGAUGAAAACUACACAGUGUGCAGCUGCUCUCACCUUUCUACCUUUGCCCUCAUCAUGCAGAUUGGGGAGCCACCACCAGAGGAUCCCUUCCUGGAGUGGCUAAACCGAGUGUGUGUGAUUGUUGGACUGUUCUUCUUCGGUUUGGCCAUCUUCACCUUCCUCCUGUGUAGCUGGAACCCCAAGAUCAACAACACGGCCCGUCUCCACAUGUGCCUCAAUCUUGCUUUAUCUCAUCUACUGCUGCUGUGGAAUGACAGAUAUCUUGAACAUGAGCUGGCCUGCACUGUCAUGGCGGGCCUUCUCCACUUCUUAGUUGUGGCAAGUUUUGUGUGGAUGCUGCUGGAGGCACUACAGCUCCACCUGCUGGUCAGAAGGCUUUCCAAGGUGCAGGUGAUCCAGAGAGAUGGCCUCCCCAAGCCACUCCUCUACGUGAUUGGCUACGGUGUUCCAUUUGUGAUUGUGGGUGUUUCUGCAUUGGUAUAUUCCGAUGGAUAUGGUGCAACUGAGGGGGACGCGUGCUGGCUCUCUACAAAGCGCCUUUUCAACUGGGCUUUAACAGGCCCUGUGAUAGUUAUCCUUGCACUGAAUUGGUUUUUGUUCCUUGCCACUCUGUGGAGUUUGAGACCCACCCUGGCCAACAUGAAGAGUGACAUUUCUCAAUCCAAAGACACCAGGUUGAUUUUGUUCAAGAUCGUGGCCCAGUUUGUCAUCUUGGGCUGUACCUGGAUUCUGGGCCUCUACCAGUCGAAUCUCUUCUUUCAGGUCCUGUUUAUAAUUCUCAACUCCCAGCAGGGCACCUUCCUCUUCAUUGUCCACUGUCUGCUCAACAAGGAGGUGCGGGAGGAGUACAUAAAGUGGCUGACAUGCUCUGUUGGCAAAGACAGAUCUGUGAAAGAUGCACCGUCAGUGUCGGAAGACUGGGACAAGCCUGAGGAGCAGACAGAUGAGGGGAAAAAGGAAUGAAAAAAUAAUCUGUGUAUUAGUUACUGUCAUUAAUAUUUAUGUUUUCAUGAAUUCUUCUUGCGUGAAUCUCAACAUGAUUCAUUAUCUUACGGUCUAGGUUAAAUUAAUAUUAUUAUGCUGAACACAUUUUAGAUUUAGCUCAUGAGCGGACAGUCAGUGCAUUUUUAGAGGUUUUUAAAUGAUUUCCACACUGUUCUUGUAACUUACUUCGUUAUAUUAACUACUGAAUCAAAGAUUAAGGUAGCACACAAAACACACUUCUGGAUGUUCAAUUAAAUGAGGCCUGUAACAUCAGAAGUCCUCACAGUGCUGUUGUCACCAUCUCUCCACCUAAUUCAUUUGCCUGGGUGUGGGAGCUUCCACAAACAUGGUGCUGCCUGCGCCCUCAGUCAGUCACCGUCUGAAAAAACAAACUUCCUUCGAAGUGAAAACAUUCCUGUCUCAGUUGUUUCUUUCUUUUUCCAUUUGUAUUGUAUUUACAUGCAAGCUGGGACACUUCCAGGUGUGUCAAACUUUACAAGACAAAUUAAAGGGACGGCCAGAACCGAGCUUGCAUUUGCAUUGUAUGCAUUUAAAUUGUGCGUGUACCUCACACAUUCAGCGUAACACGCAGUGGUCACGCAACCAUAUUAAAGGUACAAUAGUUUUUUAGUUAUGUCAAAGACGCCUGUGUAUUGUUUUGAGGACAUCUUCUGAAGUUAGCAUGCUAACCUCAGGCCUGAAAUUCUCCAAGCGCUCCAACUAACCAACACUCACCAUGUAGUCCAGAUUGCUGCACAGCUAACUCAGUGAACAAGCUAACAAUAGCUACAGGCAUGGCUGUAUAUAAAUAAUACAGUCUCCAGUUGUUCUGGUGAUAUGCAGCCCCUUUUUUUAGCCAGUUGUCAAAUAUUGCACCUCUACAUUUAUCGGAUUAGCAACACAAAUAGCACUGGAAUCGAGGAUCAGCCUAG